AGAUGAAUGGAGAGCUUUUAUUAUAUAAUAGCAUUGUAACUGCCUAAAUGUUGAUUUACAUAUCAAUAUUAUUUUACUGCUAUAGCUUGGAUGUUUGUUCCCCAAAACCUCAUGUAGAAAUUUGAUCCCCAGUGGUGGAGGUAAGGCCUAAUGGGAGGUGUUUGGGUCAUGGGGAUGGAUCCCUCAUGAAAGGUUUGGUGAGUUCUCAGGGUAAUGAGCUCUCCCUCUAUUAGUUACCACUAUAGCUGGUUGUUAAAAGGAACCUAGCAGCCAGGUGCAGUGACUCAUGCCUGUAAUACCAGAAUUUUGGGAGGUUGAGGUGGGCGGAUCACCUGAGGUCGGGAGUUCGAGACCAGCCUGACCAAUAUGGAGAAACCCCAUCUCUACUGAAAAUACAGAAUUAGCUGGGCAUGGUGGGACAUGCCUGUAGUCCCAGCUACUCAGGAGGCUGAGGCAGGAGAAUCACUUGAACCCAAGAGGUGGAGGUUGUGGUGAGCCGAGAUUGCACCACUGCACUCCAGCCUGGGCAACAAGAGUGAAACUCCGUCUCAAAAAACAACAAAAACAAAAAGGACACCUAGCACCCCACAGGGAACCUAGUACCUUCCCUGCCUCUCUCCUGCUUUCUCUCUCCCCGUGUGGACUCUGCACACACUGUCUCCCCCCAUAAGUGGAGGCAGCCUGAGCCCUCACCAGAUGCCCAGUCUUGAACCUUCCAGCUAUCAGAACUGUGAGCUAAAUAAACCUCUUUUUAAAACAAGUUACUUAGCUUUAGUAAAUAUUCCUUUAUAGCAACACUAAACAGACUAAGGCAGUUACCUAUCUUUUAAAAACUGAAGAAAAAAGCUGUAAGAAUUAUCUAAUGUAGAGACAUGUUCAGUUAGUUGAGAUACGUAGGCUCUUUCUGCUUCCUAUUUUAUUUUUUGACCACUCAGUACCUAAGUGUCCCCAGUAUUUAAUGGGGCUGGUCCUAUAUUUUAUGAGUUUUUUUUUUUUUCCUGGAAAGAAUUUACUGAGCCAAAGGCAAAGUCACAUCACACCCAAACUAAUAAUUUCAGGAUAUAUUUGGACUAGUGACCUAAGUUCAAGCAUACCACAUUUAGACCAACAGAGUUAACCUUAAUCUAUAAAGAACUCAGACUGGGGACAGUGGCUCACACCUGUAAUCCCAGCACUUUGGGAGGCUGAGGCGGGUGGAUCACUUGAGAUCAAGAGUUCAAGACUAGCCUGGCCAACAUGGUGAAACCCUGUCUCUACUAAAAAUAAAAAAGUGGCCGGGCGCAGUGGCUUACACUUGUAAUCCCAGCACUUUGGGAGGCCGAGGCGGGCGGAUCACGAGGUCAGGAGAUUGAGACCACGGUGAAACCCCGUCUCUACUAAAAAUACAAAAAAAAAAAAAAAAAAAAAUUAGCCGGGCGUGGUGGCGGGUGCCUGUAGUCUCAGCUACUCGGAGAGGCUGAGACAGGGGAAUGGCGUGAACCCAGGAGGCGGAGCUUGCAGUGAGCCGAGAUUGCGCCACUGCACUCCAGCCUGGGGGACAGAGCAAGACUCCGUCUCAAAAAAAAAAAAAAAAAAAAAAAAGUUAGCCGGGCAUGGUGGCACACUCCUGUAAUCCCAGCUACUCAGGAAGCUGAGGCUCGAGAAUCGCUUGAACCUGGGAGGCAGAGGUUGCAACGAGCCGAGAUCCCGCCACUGCUCUUGAGCCUGGGCAGCAGACUUAGUGUGACUCCCUUUCAAAAAUAAAAAAUAAAUAAAAAUAUAAAGAACUCUUAUAUAUAAGAAAAAUAUUAAGGUGCCAGUAGAAAAAUGGGCAAAGGGCAUGAAUGUACAAUUCACAGAAAAAAUAUAAAUGCUCAAUAAAAGUAUGAAUAUGAAUAUGUAAGUUAUACUGAAAAUCCCUUUUUUUUUUCCCCUGGCCUAUCCACUUGGCAAAGAACUUUCUAAAUUAAUCUGAAUUUUGGUGAAGUGGAAGUGAAAAUGGAGACUCCCAUGCUGCUGAUGGAAGUUGAAGUUGGUACAUUUCUGUAGAGUAAUUCUAGCAUUGCUUGUAUUUGGAAUCUUAAAAAUGUUCAUACCGCAUAAGUUUUGACCCCGUGAGUUUUUUUUUUUUCAAGACAGGGUCUUGCUCUGUUGCUUAGGCUAGAGUGCAAUGACAUGAUCACGGCUCACUGCAUCUUUGACCUCCUUGGACUCAAGUGAGCUUUCCAUCUCAGUCUCCCGAGUUGCUAGGACUACAAGCGCAUACCACCAUUCCUGGCUAAUCUUUUAUUUUAUUUUUGUAGAGACAGGGUCUCACUAUGUUGCCUAGGUUGGUCUCAAACUCAUGGGCUCACACUAUCCUCUUGCCCCUGCCUCCCAGAGUGCUGGGAGUAUAGGCAUGAGCCACUGUGCCAGGCCCCAGUGAGCUUAUUUGGGAAUAUAUCCUGAAGAAAUAAUAAAAUAUUUGGUCAAAUAUUUAUAUAAAAGGCCAUGUAGCAUAGUUUUAUUUAGGAACAGUUCCAAUGUUUAAUAGUAAGACAUUGGUUACAUAAAUGAUGGUCUAUCAUCAUAAAAUAAAAAUUGUAUUAUUUAUUAAUUGAGAAAUAAUCACAAUACAACGUGUGAAAAGGGCAAGCUACAAAAUGAAAUGCAGUGAAGUAAGGAAAUACCCAUACUCAUGCAUACCUGCUUGCUUACAGAACAGAGGUCGGCACAAAAUAAACUAACAUUGUAAUACAGCUUGGUAGAUGGAAUUGUAGGCAAUUUUUAUUUAAUUUUUUCCUUUAUAGAAUUUUAAAAAUAAUUAUGUAAUUUUUAUUAUCAGAAGCAGGCAUUAUUUUAAAAGAAUAUUUGAAAUGGAAAAGCAUCACUUAUUUUAAGGGCCAUUCAUGUUUUUUAUCUGCAGUUUUACAUAAAUUGAAGCAUAGGACUUUAUAUCAAAAUUCAGCUGCUUUGCACCACCCAUAUCAGACUUGUCUACACUGGCUAGUUUAGGCACAAGUGACCGCCAUGAAGUGGUAGACUUCAGUUUUAGGGGUGAACCCAGAAGAUACUGUGACUUGGCCCAUGACAGGCUCGUGGAAGCAGCCUCAUUUCUCAGGUAUUCUUAUGUCCUGCACAGGAGGAAGAGACUAUGAAAAGGAGCAUUCAGACUGGAUAGUUUAUGUAACCUCAUCAGUCUCCUCCCACUCUGCCUCCGGACACACCUCUGGCAGCCAAAUGCAAUAUAAGAUUUUGCCAUUAGGUGGUGUAGAGGGCUUGAUUAAUAUUUGUAAAUUGAACUGUGUAAAUCUGUUACUAAAUACUAGAUAAAAUUUGGGGAAAAUGCCCCUUUCCUAAUCAUACUCUCUCAGAGAAAAAAAAAAAAUGCUGACAGGUUAUUAGACUGUCCAGCAGAGGUCAGUCUAAGUGUAUAAAGACCGCAUUAGUCCAGGGGCACUAAUUGGCAGAAUCCAUUGACUGCUUAUUUAGUAAAAAUGAUCUUGAAAUUAAUCUCCUCAUAGAAGAUUUUCCUUAGAAGGAUAAAAUAUUGAAAAUACCCCUCUAAAAUGAAUCUAUUGGUUGAUAGAUAUUUGAUAGAAUACUUUGUAGCCCCUAGUUUAAUAAUGAAUUUCUUAUGUGAUCCUAUUAUAUGUGUUAAUAAUACCCAAUUGCCUCAUAAAAACUGAGCUUCGAAAGAUUAUGGCAGUUUUCUUAAUUUAGAAAAACCCAGAAUCCAGGGUUGAGGAGAUGAAUGGGAAGUAAGUUUUAUUAAUUAUUUUGAGACAGAGUAUUCUUCUGUUGCCCAGGCUGGAGUACAGUGGCACAGUCAUAGCUUACUGCAGCCUGGAACUCCUGGGCUCAAAUAAUUCUCCCACCUCACCUUUCCAAGUAGCUAGGACUAUAGGUACAUGCCACCACAACUGGCUACUUUUUUAAAGUUUUUUGUAGAGAUGGGUCUCACACUGUCGCUGAGGCUGGUCUCAACUCCUGGGCUCAAGCUGUCCUCCCACUUCAACCUCCCAAAGUGAAAUGGUUUCUUAGGUUACUUUCUCUACUAAUAGUCUUUCCAGAAAUCUUUCAUAUUUCGUAGGAUUAUUUGGGGAUUCAGAAAGCCACCCAGAAGCUCCUAGCCCAAUGCCUGGCAUAUAAAAGGCGCUCAAUAAGUGCCACUGCAUUUUAGGAAGGUGAGAAUUUAGAGAAGAGAACACCACCUGGAAUCCCUGCUUAGCGGUGGAUGUAAAAGUAGACAUAGUGGUUUCCCUUUUCUCAAGUAACUGGGUCUUACUUCAAGUAAAUUAGACAUUUCCUGGAAAUGAGGGGUUGUGUAUUUUCACUUCUCUAUAUAGCCAUAGUACUCUGUAAGAGUUCACUAACUACAUGUUAAAUGGGAACUCAUGAUGGUUAACAAUAGCUCAGUGGAGAUGUUCUACAGUUAUUUCAUACAUGCUACUUUGAAGUAGCUCAGCUUAUUUUGUGAAGUGAGUGUAUGUGCCAUAGGGAAAAAAAGUCUCAAAUCCAUUGCAAGAAAAUGGUAGGACUUUUGGACACUGAAGGAAAAAGCAAAUGAAAUGGAAAAUUAUAUUUAAUCCCAAAAUGUUUUUGUUCCUUUAUUAUUUUCAAGACAGUUAGGCAGUGGGGAAGCAGUGCAUGCCAAUGAAGAAGCAGCCCAUGACUCUGAAAUAAUGCAAAUAUAAAGUGAUUACAGUAGAACAUCAUAUGACUGUUUUAAGAAAGUAGGAAACUAGUUACAUUCCAGAUGGGAAUUGUGACUGAGAAACCCCAAGAAAACUGAGUACUGACUAUUACAGAGAGUAAAAUACAGAUGAAGUGUGAAUUAUCUGGUGUUUUCUGGUUGCAUUUGCUUCUGCUAAUCUGAAUAAAUGGAAUAAUAUGGAAAGAAGAAAUUGACAAUCCUAUAAACUUUACUCUGGGAAGAAAUGGAGAUAAAAGUGUAUGCCUUGGAUUCUGAUCUGACUGGCAGGAUUGCCUCUGGCUUUUGCUAGAUUAUCUUGAAUCUUCCCUCCCUUCCAGAGCCCUCUCUUUUAGAAGAGGGGCUAGCUGGCCAGUGAACCCAUGACACAUCCAGGUUGUAUGGUCACUCUUCCAAUUAGGGAGCUAUGAAAGGAACACAUAGAAACUCCUGGAUCUCCUGUUUCAAAGUUUGAAGGAACCACUUUAAAUUUUGAUUCAGGGCCUAGAAAUACCUGCAGAGAUGGCAAGAUCCAUGAUUUUCCUUCUAUGCAGUGGUUGCUGGAGCCUGCUCUGUGGAGUGGCUAAUCUACAGCCAUGUAGUUCACUCCCAAGGCUCACUUCCCUGGUCCCUCCAUAUUUCCAGGAAUUGCCUCCCCAUUACACAGUCAAUUUAGGCUCAGGAAGUCAGACCUGGUUUCACCUCAGCCCCAGCUUUGCUUGUGCUGUUUCUGCUGUGAUGCUCUGUACACACCCACCCAUUUUUGCCAUGUGGAAUUGGCUAUGUGCUUCAAGGCCCAGCUCAACGGUCCCCUCUUCCAUGAAGCCUUCCUUUCUCUGAAUGCUCCUGCCGCACCUGGGGUGCACCCCUGUCACAAAUUCAUAAUGUUCAUGGUGAGCUAAAUUCCCAUCUCCCUCACCGUCUUGUCUUGGGAAGGAAGUAAUCCAGGAAGGGUUUGUAUCACAAAAGCUAUAGCAGACAAUUUAAAACAAGGAUGCAGGGUGGAUAGAUGAACUACCAAGGAUCAGAAGUCCACCCUGAUGCCUGGGUAUUAAGUAAGCCCAGCGGUUCUUAGAGCAAUGCUGGGGAUGGGGGGCUGGUGAGUGUGAGGCCCUAAAAUGACUGAAGUUUUGUUUCCACCCUGGCAAAAUGAAGGUCAAAAUUAAAAUUAGAUAGAAUUACUGAAAAUAAAUAUUUCUUUCACUGUUGUGGACUGAGAUUUAUACCCACUACAUUCAUCAAACCAUUUAAUGGUUCGUAGUGCCAUCCCUGGCUCCCUACCCUCCAUCAGCCACUCCAUCCAUCCCCUCUCCCCACCACCCUACAUUACUCUUGCAUUUCAGAAUUUUUAUGGUUAUUUUAUUUAUUUAUUUUGAGACAGAGUUUCCCUCUGUCGCCCAGGCUGGAGUGCAAUGGUGCAGUCUUGGCUCACUGCAACCUCCUCCUCCUGGGUUCAAGCGAUUCUCCUGCCUCAGCCUUCCUAGUAGCUGAGAUUACAGGUGCCCGCAACCACACCCAGCUAAUUUUUGUAUUUUUAGUAGAGACGAGGUUUCACCAUGUUGGUCAGGCCAGUCUCGAACUCCUGACCUCGGUGAUCCACCCACGUUGGCCUCCCAAAGUGCUGGGAUUACAGGCAUGAGCCACCAGACCCGGCAGUUAUUUUCACUUGAUGAUUUUUCCGUAUUAACCUUAGUAGCAAAAAAACUGACAUUUUAAUUAGAGUGUGUUUUAAAAUAGAGUGUGUUAACAGAAAAUAUUAUCAUUCAGUAAGGCCAACAUAUCAGGAGACUGUUGGUAUUGAAAAAAUAGUUAUUACUCAGAGUUCCCAAGUAGAGGUCUCGGUAGGAAGAGAAUGAGAACAAGUGGGCUAAAACCCUAUUGUGAUUACUGCAGGAAGAAAGAAAUGAGGCAGGGUAAACAAGUUUAGGAUUGGUUUAUUUGAACAAUGUCGAUAUACUCAGAAAUGGUGGAGAGGCUGUCCCUAGCUGUCUGAAUGUGGGCCUGGGGUGAUUGGGUAGGGAGAUAAUCUCCCAGAAUGUGAGAGCACCAUAAAGAUGGCCAUGAAGAGGAAAGUUGGGGUUAUGGGCUCUGGAUUGGUUGGCUUGUGUAUGAAAGGCGAGUUGUUUGACCUCUCCAGGGUCAGUAAGGCUCAAGCAGGUGAAUCGUUUGCUAUCACUGGGAAUUGUCUAACCCGGUGCUGAGCAGUUCUGUCAGGGUCAUUGAGGCCCAGUUGUCAGUGGAGUUUUAAAGUUUUCAUUAUAUUGAUCUCACACAAUUUUUGCUAAAUUUGUUUCUAGAUAUUAAUCUGUUUUGUUGCUAUUUAGUGGCAUUGGCAAGUACUUCCAAAACAAUGCUAAAUGGCAUUGUGGGCAUGCACCACUUUCCUUCUAGGUGUUUUAGAAUCAUCAUGUCAUUUAUCUACUUUCCUCCUUCAGGAGGAGUAAAAGAUGACAGGAAAACCUCCCUAUUAGGAGUUACUGAGGCUGCAGGGUUGAAAUACAUGACAAGAUCAAAAAAGAAUACCUACUACCAUUUCCAAGUUGGGGCUUGUGGUCACCUGCAAUAACAAGUGACUUAUUGACAAUUAACCCCCAAUCAGGGCUAGUUGAAAUGCUAGUCAAUUACUUGUUGCCUAAACCACCUUCCUUCAUAGCACUGAGACCGAUGACAAAGGCAAACAUUGAGAAAGCUGCUCCUCUGUAGUCUUCACCUUCAAAAUCUCAGACCAGAAAAGAGGGAGGAGGUGGCGCAAGAUGGCUGAAUAGGAGCCUCCACCAAUCAUCCUCCUUGCAGAAACACCAAAUUAACUUCCACACAAUAAAGCACCUUCAUAAGAAGCAAAAAUAAGCCCUUCCCGGCCUGGAUCAGAAGAAGCGUGGUGGCCACAAAGCAUGCUGCCUGCUGACGCCCCCUCCACCACCACUGUUCCCACCACCAUUCUUCAGAGGUGGCCGAAGUCCGACAUGAAGAAUCUCGUCCUGGAACUGGAAACCUCGCAGUCCCCGUGCAUGCAAGGCUCGCUAGGCUCCCCUGGGCCUCCCGGCCCCCAGGGUCCACCGGGGCUUCCUGGCAAGACAGGACCAAAGGGAGAAAAGGGGGAGCUUGGCCGACCAGGAAGGAAGGGUAGACCUGGCCCCCCAGGUGUUCCUGGCAUGCCUGGGCCCAUCGGUUGGCCAGGCCCUGAAGGACCCAGGGGUGAAAAAGGUGACCUGGGUGUGAUGGGCUUGCCAGGGUCAAGAGGACCAAUGGGCUCCAAGGGCUACCCUGGAUCCAGAGGGGAAAAGGGAUCCAGAGGUGAAAAGGGUGACCUGGGUCCCAAAGGAGAAAAGGGUUUCCCAGGAUUUCCUGGAAUGUUGGGGCAGAAAGGUGAAAUGGGUCCAAAAGGUGAACCUGGGAUAGCAGGACACCGAGGACCCACGGGAAGACCAGGAAAACGAGGCAAGCAGGGACAGAAAGGGGAUAGUGGAGUUAUGGGCCCACCUGGCAAGCCUGGGCCUUCUGGUCAACCUGGCCGUCCAGGGCCCCCAGGCCCCCCAUCUGCAGGACAACUUAUAAUGGGACCCAAAGGGGAAAGAGGAUUUCCCGGGCCUCCAGGAAGAUGUCUUUGUGGACCCACUAUGAAUGUGAAUAACCCUUCCUACGGGGAAUCUGUGUAUGGGCCCAGUUCCCCGCGAGUUCCUGUGAUUUUUGUGGUCAACAACCAGGAGGAGCUUGAGAGGCUGAACACCCAAAACGCCAUUGCCUUCCGCAGAGACCAGAGAUCUCUGUACUUCAAGGACAGCCUUGGCUGGCUCCCCAUCCAGCUGACCCCUUUCUACCCUGUGGAUUACACUGCAGACCAGCGCGGCACCUGCGGGGAUGGGCUCCUGCAGCCCGGGGAGGAGUGUGACGACGGUAACAGCGAUGUGGGUGACGACUGCAUCCGCUGUCACCGUGCCUACUGUGGAGAUGGUCACCGGCAUAAGGGUGUGGAGGACUGUGACGGCUCUGACUUUGGCUACCUGACAUGCGAGACCUAUCUCCCUGGUGCCCCUCUCCUUGAAGGAAGGAAGACCCCUGACAGGCCUCUGCCAGAGAGUUGGCUCUUCAUGGCUCCAGAGAGACGAAUGAAUGCAGACAAUCAGAUACGGAGUACAGGAUCGAGUAGAGCGCAGGGCGCCCCACGCUCACUGUGGUCACGCAGCUACUCCCCAGAAGCCUCAGAGGGACGCUUGUGACCGUGCCUGUGAGGUUUAACACCCUGUCUCGGAUGAUCAUCCGGGCCUACAGAG